AUGGCCUCGGAACGUGUCACCUGGAUUGGCUUGGGUAACAUUGGGCGCGGCAUGAGCCGUAACAUCGCCUUGAAAGGACCCCAAACAACUCCCCUGGCUCUCUACAACCGUACUACAUCAAAAGCCACCGCAUUAGCCGAGUCUCUGGGCGUUGAGAAAGCCACAGCCGUUUCGUCCCUGCCCACCGCCGUUAAAGAUGCUACCAUUGUCUUCAUCUGCGUGGGGGACGACCAUGCGCUGGACCAGAUCAUCGACGCUCUCAUCAACGACGCCUCUGUCAACUUGGCUGACAAAAUCUUUGUGGAUUGCUCCACCGUUCACCCAGACACGUCGCGACGCAUCCACAAGACCCUAGCCGCGCAGAGCGCCGCAUAUAUAGCAUGCCCGGUGUUCGGGGCGCCCAACAUGGCAGACGCAGGCAAGCUGCUGGUCGUCCCAGCCGGGGCGGCAGCGGCCGUGGAGCGCAUCCGGCCAUUUCUGGACGGUGUGGUCGCGAUCGCAACUAUGCCAGUGGGUGACGACAGCGACGUGGGCCGUGCGACGCUACUUAAGGUACUGGGCAAUACAUUCAUUCUCAACACUGUUGAAACGCUAGCGGAGGGGAUGGUGGCGGCGGAGAAAUCGGGACUGGGUAUCGAGGUGUACCAGAAGUUCAUCAAUAUCGCGUUUCCCGGACCGUUCGCCAAGUACGCUGACCGGAUGGCCGGCGGUGAUUACUACCAGCGCGAGGAGCCGCUGUUUGCUGUUGAUCUUGCCCGGAAGGACCUGCGCCAUGCGGCUAGCUUAGGCCAAGAUGCUGGCAUGCGCAUGCGCAGCGUAGAGGUCACAGACGGGUAUUUGAAGGAGGUCAAGGCGGAGCGUGGGGAGAAGGGCGAUAUUGCAGGAGUUUAUGGCGCUAUCCGGAAAGAAUCAGGGCUACCGUAUGAGAGGAAGUGA